AUUUUUUGUCGUAUACUUCUGUAUUUAUGUCAUUAGAAAAAUACCUCUGCAUGAGAAGAAAGACAUUCUAAAAUAUUCAAAAUGUCAAAAGAUGACAAAAUGUUCACCGAGCAAAUGUAGAUCGAAAACCAGUUUCUUCUUCAAAGUACUAGUGUCCAUCAAGCAGCUCUUGUGCACGAAAAAGUUCUGCAAUGGAGUGGGCCUAUCAGACAUAGCAAAAUUCAUGGAGAAGAACAAUUGCCUUACAGGCGACCUCAUCAGUCAACUAGAAAAUGCCUUGUGCGUUGCAGAAGCUUCUAGGCUCAUCACCAGGCGAAAAAAACUAUACCUACUAGUAAGUCCGGCCGCCAAUCUCCAUCUCGUUCCAGAACCGUGCCUGAAGAACAAACUGGAAGAAAUCCAAUUGUCGUUCGAUUCAGCUCAGUGUCCCGUAGACAGUAAAACUAUUUGUUCCACCAGACAAUCCAAGAGAAUACCCCCACAAGACUCAUGUAAACUCGAAAACAAUCCCAUCAGGAAAUCGCCUAGAACCCGAAAACGCGUAUCAAGAUCUAAAAGUAGAAGCCGCUCCAGAAGCAGAAGUAAAUCGAACAGUCCUAGCAAGUCCAGAUCUGCUAGUCCUUGCGGUGGUAGAACGAGGAAGAAGAAGAGAAUAGUGAAGUUAUGUCCUCCUCAACCGAAUAGUUCGCGGGGUAGGUCUAAAUCUCCAGCUCCUAAGCCUAGCAAAUCUUGCAUCAAAAAGCCUAGCUGCAAAGAAUUGACUAAGAGUUGCUAUGAUAAUGACAAUGUUAAUAGCCAAGGUGGUAAGUGUUGUGGUUCGGAUAGUGAAUCCUCGGAAAACUAAAUUCAAUAAAGG